CUAGAAGGCGCUGCAGCAAACCAGUGUGACGUCACAGUAUCCGGUGGGGCAUGUUUACUUGUGACAGUACCAUGGCGGCGUCGAGGUUACCACCAACUACACUGUCUUUAAAACAGUUCUUACAGAGGACGCAAGUUCUGGGGAUUUACAGGAAUAUGUUGAGGACCAUACGACAAGUACCGGAUGAGCGAGACAGAAAGUACCUCAGAGACUGGGCGAGAGAUGAAUUCAAGAGGAAUCGGCAUGCCACAGACCAGGAUGCCAUCCGUAUGAUGAUCACACAAGCAAGCAACCAUCUGGAAGAGCUUCAGACGUCACUAGCCCUGGCAGGGAGCUAAACGCAGAAGAAUACUGACCGUCUUUCGUGUAAGCAUUUGUGUGGCAGGACUUUACUUCAAGGAUUUUUGCGGAGGACUUCGGACUGGGCUGCUAUGUAUUAAUACAACACAUGUUCUUAACACUUACACUAUUUAGACCAUCUAUUGUCAUGUAUGUAGAAGAUCCAUCCAUCCAUCCAUUUUCUUCCGCAUUGCAGGGCCAACACAGACAACAUUCACACACUCGGGCCCAUUUAGUGCAAUGAGGAUAAUGUGGGUUGUACUGGCUCCUAGUUCUAAAGUUCAUCCCAGUGGUGUUUGAUGGUGUCCUACUGAAGCUCCCCACCAGUCACCACUUUCCUGAUAUUUUUCAAGCAGCACAGUUGUUCAACACACACGGCAGCAACAAGUAAGGAUGUCUUUAAUUAUCAAGCCUUUGAUUGUCAUUUACAUGUCUGGGUUCAAAUAGGAAAACCUGUGGAGUUGGUAUGUUUCUGCCUGCACCUGCACUACAGUUUCUUCCAGCCUCCCAAAAACACGUUUCUUUGACUAAAUCAGUGCUAUGAAGAAGAAAACAUUUGCCAUGUUUAAACUAUAAUCAUUUUUUGACCAACUUUAACCAUUUAAUACUGAAAAGUACAAUUGAAUACACUCAAUAAAUAAUCAUUCAAAUUGAUCAGCAACAUUACCUCUACAGCAAAGGUGUCAAACUCAGAUCUGGCCCGCCACAUUAUAUAAUGUGGCCUGCAAAAGCUUUGAAAUAAUAUGCAUCAAUGAAGUACUUUACAAAAUGUAUUAGUUCUUUCCAUUUUGACAGAAAAAAAUACAUGUAUUGCAUGCAAUUUCAUAUCUUUUUAAAUGUAGUAUUAUCCAAUAAUUGUACAUUUCAAACUUUUAUGUCAAAAUAAAAAUGACAAAUAUGUGCUUGACUUAUGAUUUCAAAGCAAGUUUUCCAUCCAACUGUACACUGUAAAAAUAACAAUACUGUAGAAUAUACAGUAAAAAAAAACUUGACAACUCAGUUGCUCAAAUUUUGUCUCACAAAAACUAUAGUACCCUUUUUCCAUUUACAGUAAAAUGCUGUAAAAACCACCAUAGAUUUUACAGUAAAACUGUAGCGACUGAGCUGCCAAUUUUUUUACUGCAAAAUCUAAAGAUUUUAAAAUAUAUACAUCUAAUCAAAUGCAUAGGCAAUUGUAUAAUAAUACCUUGAGGUGAAUCCUUGUACAUUUAUAUCCAUAAAUUAUUCAGUCACAAGCGGCCCUCUGAAGCUAGCCACAACUGCGAUGUGGCCCUCGGUAAAAACCAGUUCGACUCCCCUGCUGUAGAGCAUAACAUAUAAAAAUCUUUACCUACAAAACAAAAACGAAUAAAACAAUUUCUGCUGAUUUUAUUUUGUUUUGUAGUACACAGCUUUUUAAAGUGGGGUUUGAAGCAUGAUACCAAUAAAGCAUGUUCCCCCCAAAGGGGCCUAGCCCACUAUCUGAAAACAGAACUUUCUAAAUUGUCCAUAGGUCUGAACGUUAGUGUGAAUGGUUGUCUACUACGUAUAUCUAGUCUAAGCUUGACGGCUGACCAGUCGAGGGUCUACAACCUCUCGCCUAAAGUCAGCUGACACACAACCACUCUCACUCAGAAGGGAGAAAGCCGAGCGUAGAGAACAUGAGAUGUUCCAACUAAGUUUUUAACCCUUGAUCUGUGUAUCUGACAUGCUAACUUACCUAGGGGGGAUGAAUGGAUAAUGUAUUAUUUCCCUAAAAUAAUAGUGUCAAAGGAGCAUUAGCUUUUAUUUUCAAAUGUACGUUCCAUGCUAAUUUUCAAAAUCCACAUCAAAUGCUGUUCAAGUGUUUUUCAGGUUUCAUGUCACAUUUUUGCAUGGAAUGCAUUUCAAUACAGUUCUUUUGAACAUUAAACAUGUGUCAAGAAUCCAGUCAUUAAAAGUUCUUCUCUCAGCUCUGCUUUCAUGUUUGUUGAAAUAUUACAAAUGAUAAAUGUACAUUAUUUGGUCCUAAUGUUACACGAAUAAACUAAAUAUUGACAUUUUCUGAUUUUU